CCAUCCGGUUGGCUGCGGUGCUAUGGGGGCCGGUUGCUGUGGAGACGGAGCGAAGGGAGGCGGGUGACAGGUCGGUCCCGGCUCGGGCGGCUCCGGGACCUGGAGCAGGAGGAAGAACAGGAGGAGUGGGCCGGGAUUGGGACCAGGCCGGGACCGGGUAUAGCAGGAGUUUGGGCUCCCGAUGCCCCUUCGUGAUCCGGAAGAUGCCGGCGGGCGGCGGAGAGCCCCCCUCCAGGAGAGAGUACUUCAAGGAUGCCACAUUCCCCGCCUCCGACUCUUCCCUCUUCUGCACCUUUGCCACUCCCCUGGCGCAGUUCCGAGAAGAGAUCACCUGGCUGCGGCCUCAGGAAAUUUGUUCCACUCCUCGCUUGUUCCCAGAUAACCCCCAGGAAGGCCAGAUAAAACAAGGGAUUCUGGGAGACUGCUGGUUCCUUUGUGCCUGUGCAGCCCUCCAGAAGAGCAAACACCUCCUUGAUCAGGUGAUUCCUCCGGGACAGCCCAGCUGGCCAGAUCUAGCCUAUCGUGGGUGCUUCACCUGUCGGGUGUGGCAGUUUGGAGAGUGGGUGGAGGUGACCGUGGAUGACCGCCUGCCUUGCCUUGGGGGACGACUGUGCUUUUCCCAGUGUCAGACUGAAGAUGUGUUCUGGCUCCCCUUGCUGGAAAAGGUGUAUGCCAAGGUGUACGGUUCCUAUGAACAUCUGUGGGCAGGGCAGGUGGCAGAUGCCUUGGUGGAUCUAACUGGAGGGCUGGCAGAAAGGUGGAGCCUGAAGGAGCCAGGAAGAAACAAUGACAAGCCAAGCAGCCUCAGCAACGUGGAGCAGAGGACCUUCCGCAAGCUGCUGGACCUCAAGGACCAGUGUGUGAUAAGCUGCUCAGUGCUCAGCUCCAGAGAAGGUGCCAGUGAAUUGGGGGAGUUUCACGCCUUCAUCAUCUCAGAUGUGCGGGAGCUCCACAGCAGCUCAGGCAGGGAGAUGCUUCUGCUCCGGAUUCUGAACCCGUGGGGUCGGCGGUGCUGGCAAGGGCCCUGGAGAGAAGGGGGUGAAGGAUGGAGCCAGUUAGAUCCAGCGGAUGCUUCCGAACUCUCAUCCCAGCUCCAGGAAGGCGAAUUUUGGGUUGAAGAGGAGGAGUUUAUCAGGGAGUUUGAUGAGAUCACUAUCAGCUAUCCAGUCACCAAGGAGGGCCACCUGCAGAGCCUCUACACUGCCACCGUGUUACGUCACACUCAGAAGCUGCUCGGGGCCUGGGUCAAAGGGCAGUCUGCAGGAGGUUGCCGUAACAACAGCAGCUUCCCUAGCAACCCCAAAUUCUGGCUGCGGGUCCUGGAACCAAGUGAAGUAUGCAUUGCCCUCCUGCAGAGACCGCGAGUGUGCCAGGCCGACUGGGCCGGCAGGAUCCUGGCCCCGACUGCAAGCAGAGAGAGCAGACCAGCCCUGAGCCCGCCAGGCUUCCCAGGGAAGGAUUAUCAAGCAGUGGGACUCCACGUGUGGAAGGUAGAGAAGAAGCGGGUCAAUCUGCUGGGGGUCCUUUCUGCCCCGCCUGUGGCAGGCACUGCCUGCCAUGCUUAUGACCGGGAAGUCCAUAUGCGCUGUGCCCUCUCUCCGGGCUACUACUUGGUGGUCCCCAGCACCUUCCUGAAGGACGCCGCCGGGCACUUCCUCCUGAGAGUGUUUUCUAGCGGCAGGAUCUCUCUCAGUGAAAUCAAGGAAAUCAAGGCAGCCUCCAGCAGCGCCUCUGCCCCUGAAGACCUUGCUGCUGGCGAGUGGGAGACCGUGCAGCUGAAGGGACAUUGGAGACGGGGCCAGACUGCGGGCGGCAGCAGGAACUUCCCAUCCUAUCCCAGCAAUCCGUGCUUCCCCCUCUCGGUCCCCCUGGGCACGGGGCCCCGCUGCAUCCGAGUCACAUUGCGCCAGCACUGCCAGGACAGGGAGUGUCACCCCAUUGGCUUCCACAUUUUCCAGAUGCCAGUGAGUGGCUGGCCUCGGGGGGCUUCCUCCCUGCUCCACCUGGAGCCCCUGCUCAGCUGUGUACCUCAUCGCUAUGCCCAGGAAGUGAGCCAAAUGUGUCGCCUCUCUGCGGGCAACUACAGGAUCGUGCCGUCCACCUACCUGCCUGACACCGAGGGGGACUUCACCAUCAUCAUAGCGACUCAGAUAGACAGGAGGCCUAUUCGGAGCCAGGAGACCCUGGGGCAGCUCCUACAGGAGGUCUCCUUCACAGCAGUGAUGAAAAGAUAACUGGAAAUGCCCCACACGAGAGCAUCCAGGUAGCGAACAACGAGACCCCGGAGAUGGCCGGACCGCUCUCGGCUAGGGCCACUGCCUGGUGGCCCAGCUCUUCUCCUGUCUGCCCAGGUGCUCCACCAUCAGACCCACCAACACUGCUGAUACCUCAUUUCUUCCCUUGGUCCCGAUGGCCAGCUUUAUAGGAACCUCAUCAGCCUUGACUGUGACGUGGCGCUUCUUAAAGAAAAACUUGGGCUUGUGGGAAGCCAGAAAAGUCAUCCCCCCCCCCCCCCCACGGAUGCAGGGCUCCAGGCUCCAAGUCGCUGCCUGAGGGGGAAAGUGGUGAGGACUGUGGGGAGAGUUUGGGGUUGAGAAGUAGGUGCCUGGAUGGAGGCUAGGAGGGACCUUGGGGAGUCACGUUAACUCGGAAGUGGCCGCUUUCCCAGGGAGGGAGGAGAUGAUGUGAAGUUUGAACCGGGGCCUCCAGCUCCGCAUCCAGCACUUGGCACAUCCAGAACAAGGCUCAGCCCAGAAGGAUGGUUCCAGAAUCGAGGCCGCUCAGACCGAGGCAACAAGAAGGGUUGUUGGGAAUUGAUUCAAGCCCUGUUAGGGAGGAACGGAAGAUCCCAGCAGGGAGGUGGCCUCCACUGCCCACGCCUGGCUUUCUCUGUCAAGGACGAGCACAGAAGGGAACUGGACCGGGGCCUUUGGCUUCCCACAGUGAGCUCGAGUCCCGCGGCCCAGACGAGCUACCUCAUGAGUCAGUGUGGGUCGUCUUGGAGCGCUUUGGAGAAGGGAAACUGGAUUUUCAAAAUGGAGAACAGAGUAGAGCCUUCUUGGCACUUACUCGUGGGUGGCUCGUGAGGACGGGUCGCUCAGCACCUGAAGGACGUUGUCAGGAGCGGUCAUUCGGCUCAGCAGACAUUUAUUAAGUGCCCAGUUUGUGCGGGGACAUCUGCUGGGCACUGGGGAUAAAAAGACAAGGAAAUGGGCCCAGCCCUCAAGAACUGACUUCUUGGGGGAGCCAAAGCCCAAGAAUAUACCAGGUGCUCAGAGGACAAGGACAAGAACGUGAACAGCCCGGAGGAGGUGAGGAUUGGGGUUCAGAGAGGAGGGAACCCCUGAGCCUCGAAUGGAGCAGUGGGCAGAAGUUGAAGAGAGAAAUAAGGAAAAACCGCUGCUCAGUGGGAGCUGGCCAAGGGGGUGACAGGGUGCCCUGGGAGGUAGAAGGGUCUCUGGCCCUCGAGGCUUCACUCAAACGUGUCUUGGGGCCCAGGAAUCCGUCGGUCUGGCCAGCCCCUGUGGUCUCUCCCAGCUUGAGACUGAGUGAAUCCAAUUCUCAGUGAGGCAAGAGUCUUUCAAGGACUUGUGACGUUCACUGGUGCGGGUCCUUGUCACAGAUGCAGAUUGCAGCCCAUCUCGACCAGUGUCUCCCACGGUGACCCAGGGGUGCAGCGAGGCUAAGGGACAGGCCCUCUGGUUGUGUCACAGUACGAGCCAGGGCUUCCAGACUCCGGCACUGCCUCUCCUGACCAUCCGCCGAAUUCAGAGAUGCCCUCGCGUCAGGAAAUGGAUUCUAAAGCUGUUUCUUAUGGGAAACAUUUUUAAGAUUGUAAUUUUCGUAAUAAACAUGUCAAUACAAAA